GAUUCAAAAUACAAUCUGUUGCAGUGUGUAUUUGCGCAGAAAGACGAACAUACGAACUUAAAAGUGAGAUUGCCAUAGCGGUAUCCGUAGCGAUAUAUAACCUAUUCGCUUAGAAGAAGAAGAAGAAUAACCAUUGGAUGAGUCUGUUGUGCUGUUAUCUAAAAUUUUGUUAAAUGGCAUUUUUAGUUCGAGGCAGCAUCUGUUCGGUACGGUUUAGUCGCAGCUACGCAUCAAUGUCGAGGAAACAGGGUCUAGUUUUGGGUGUUUACUCCUCGGAUGGGAAGGAUGAGGUGAAGUUUACGCCGUACGCCCAGAAGUACAACGAAUCAACAGCUGGCAAGUUACUGGAGCAAAUUAACAUUUGUGGCCCGGUAAAAGCUGGACAAACGCGAAUUUUCUGGGAUCUCGGUAAGUUUCCGGCCGUUGCAGUUGCCGGUUUAGGUGACGCAUCGAAAUGGGACGACCUGGACGAGAUCGAUGGUGCGAAGGAGAAUGUGCGCAUUGCGGCCGCGGCCGGUGUUCGUGCGCUGUCGGCGAACAAGAUGGCCGAAAUCGUGGUGGAAGACAUGGAACACGCUCAACAGGCUGCCGAGGGAGCUACACUGGCCAAUUACAAGUUUCAGGUAUUUAAGAGCAAGGACAAACAGACGCCACUACCAGCGGUUGGGUUUGCCGACGAUGCAAGCGGGAAAGCCGACUGGGAUCGGGGUGUGAUCAUUGCGGAGGCACAAAACUUUGCCCGGGUCUUGAUGGAAACACCGGCCAAUCAUAUGACGCCCAGUAUUUUUGCCGAGACCGUGAAGCAGCGGCUGAGUGCGGCGAACGUUGAGGUGCUGGUGCACGACGAAGCCUGGGCCAGAGAGAAAAAGAUGGGUUCCUUCCUGUCGGUUACGAACGGUUCCGUAGAGCCGGCCCGUUUUCUCGAGCUAACGUACCGCGGUUCUCAGGAUGAAAAGUGCGUCGCGCUGGUCGGCAAGGGUAUUACGUUCGAUUCUGGCGGUAUCAGUCUGAAGCCAUCGGCUAACAUGGACCAGAUGCGGGCCGAUAUGGGCGGUGCGGCCAACGUAGUAUCAACGAUAUUGGCCUUAGCACAGCUGAAGGCACCGGUGCACGUGAAAGGGUUCGUACCGUUGUGCGAAAAUAUGCCCAGCGGAACCGCAACCAAACCGGGCGAUGUGGUGUACGCGAUGAACGGCAAGAGUAUCUGCGUGGAUAAUACGGAUGCUGAGGGUCGACUCAUUCUGUGCGAUGCGCUGUGUUAUGCCUCGACGUUCAAUCCGAAGUUCAUCCUUGACAUCGCGACGCUUACCGGUGCAAUUAAGGUGGCGCUUGGGGAUUGUGUAUCGGGUGUGUUCUCCAGCAACAAUAAGCUGUGGGAAGCGAUCCACGAGGCGGGUUCGCAAACUGGCGAUCGUGUGUGGCGUAUGCCGCUUUUUAAGCACUACAGUGACCAGAUGUGCGAUCACAACGGGUACGAUCUAAACAAUCUGGGCAAGGGAAAGGGUGGCGGAUCCUGUACGGCUGCAGCGUUCUUGCGCGAAUUCGUACCGAAGGAUACACCGUGGCUGCACGUGGAUAUUGCCGGUGUGAUGGGCGACUGUAGCGAUCAAAGCUAUACGGGAUCGAAGGGAAUGACUGGACGUCCGAUGCGCACACUCGUCGAAUUCGUUACCAAGGCCGGAAGUGCCUGAAAUGGUGGAGCAACGCACCUUCGCUAUUAUGCAUUAGUAAGCGAUUAUAGUGUAGAAUGCGUCCACUUCCACAAACCAGUGCCAGUGUUUACGGAUAGCAUUCAGAUAUACUUUCGUACAGUAUGCAUUUUUCUUUAUCUAAACACUGUAAUAGCAGGAUUGGUUUUGUUCCCUCUGAUCAGUCAGAUUCGUUUUGCCAUUGAUAAUGAUACUAGCAUCACUUUACAGCAUUAAACAUUGUUCAAAUGAAACUGUUGUUUUCUCCUUUUUUGAGUGCACUAUUACCCAUUAAUUAAGUUUGCGUGCUAAAGGCACAGUAUUUUUUUGUUAAACUUGCGGAAUCUGUGGUUGUUGGUUAAUAAAUAGUCAAUACAUACGA